CGUAGCAUUAAGCAUGGAUAUAAAUAUUAAUGGAAUCUGGCCACUUAAGGAGGUCCAAGCGGAUCGGUAGUAUUUCGUUGGAUGGUAUGCAGGAAAAUAUUAAAUGUCACCCAACAACUCCCUGUCCUGCCCUACCGGCAGCAUUUAUGUUCAUGAAUGCAAUACUAUCCUUCCAAUCGCCCCUUCCUGUGUGUAUUUAUAGGCAUGGCCACUCAACCGCGUCGUUGCAGGAUCUUGUCUCCAGUACUUUCAUUUUUGUUCCUUCUUUCUUCCCUUUGUUUGCAGCAAGAUUGAUAGAAAUGGAGAGGGAGAGUAAGGCGAAGGCUCAUCUCAUGAGUUUUCUAUUAGCAGGUUUAGUUUUCCAGACUGUGAUCACUCCGGUUGUGUCUCGGAGCCUUGAGGAAUUCUCAGACCAGAAGAACUACUACUCCACCCCACAUAGUAGGACUCCGAAACACCCACAUAAGGAACCGACAUCAUGUUCGACUCCAUCAAAUGGUGGCCCAUCGACUCCCUCUCAUGGAGCCGGAGGCGGCCAUGGCUUGCCAACACCAUCACAUGGAAGCGGAUGCGGCCAUGGGUCACCAUCGCCGUCACAAGGAGGUGAAGGCAGCUAUGGGUCUCCGCCACCGUCACAAGGAGGCGGAGGCGGAGGCGGAGGCGGCCACGCAUCGCCACCGCCAUCACAUGGAAGCGGAGGUAGCUACGAUACACCAUCACCUUCGCGUGGGAGUGGCGGCUACCACAAUGCGCCACCAUACAGUGGCGGCCAUUCCUCGCCAGCAAUAAUUCCUCCUUCGUCUCCCCCUAUGGUUGUGCCACCCGUCACCCCAUCACCAGGAAAUGGAGGGAGCUUUGGUACACCAACACCUCGAAGCAGUGGUGGCUCGCCGCCGCCCUUCCCUGUGGUUCAGUCACCAGUCACACCACCUGUAAGUGGAGGUAUCUACGGUACACCAACACCCUCCCAUGGAAGCGGUGGUUACUACAAUUCACCUCCAACUCCAAGCAGCGGUGGCUCGCCGGCCAUCAUCCCCUCUCCGCCCUCCCCCAUGGUUGAGUCACCGGUCACACCACCGGGAAGUACUGGAGGUGGCUACGGUACACCAACACCCUCACAUGGAAGCGGUGGUUCCUACAACUCACCUCCAACUCCAAGCAGCGGUGGCUCGCCGGCCAUCAUCCCCUCCGCGCCCUCCCCUGUAGUUGAGUCACCGAUCACACCACCUGGAAGUGGAGGUGGCUGCGGUGCACCAACACCCUCACAUGGAAGCGGUGGUUACUAUAAUUCACCUCCAACUCCAAGCAAUGAUUGCUAUAAUUCACCUCCAUCCUCCCCUACGAUCGAGCCGCCUGUCACCCCGACUCCAACCAUUCCGGACAUCACACCGCCGUCGCCCUUGAUCCCGGAUCCAAACAGCCAUCCAUCCUUCACCGGCACUUGCAACUACUGGAGGACACACCCUGAAGCCAUAUUGACUGUACUGGGAUACUUGGGCAACAUCAGCCAGCUCUUUGGGGCGGCAUGCGGCUUGGCUUUUGGGAGAGACCUCAGCUUGCCUGAAGCCUUGGCAAACACCAGGGCCGAUGGGAUCGGCGCCCUCUACCGGGAAGGAACGGCUUCUUUGCUCAACUCUCUUGCUGAUAGGAGAUUCCCCUUCACCACCCAACAGGUCACGGAUGCCUUUGCGGCUGCCGUCACCUCCGACGAGGCUGCGGCAACGCAGGCAGAGCUCUUCAAGCAAGCUAACGAAGGACGUCUCAAGUUUUAGAAGCAUAAAUAAUCGUGUUUUUUUAUAUAUGUGUGCUUUUUUUCUUGGUUCUCUAGUUAGUUCAUGGGUGCACUCCUGCGUCGGUGUUUUGUCGCGUCUAGGCUUCGGUUGUGCCUUGUAAGUUGGUUGUUUCAGCUGAAACUCCUUGUAUUAGUGUGGUUGCUGGGGAACCAGAGUUGAAUGAAAAGCUAAAACCAGUACCAGAGCAGAAAAAGA